UUGAAAUUCCGAGAAUUGAGCUGCUGUGUUUCUUAGAACUGGAUUCUCAGAACUGGUGAUGCACAGAGUUUCGAGGAAACUUUUACAAGAUUGCGACAGCAUGGCCACGACUGCAGAUGGCUGCAUUCAAUUCACACGCCAUGCAGGCGACGUCCUGCUCAACUUCAACCGCCUCCGCAGCAGGAACAUCCUGACUGACGUCACCAUACAGGUGGACGGACAACAUUUUCAUGCUCACAAGGCCGUAUUGGUGGCCUGCAGUGGCUUCUUUUAUUCUGUGUUCAUGGACCCCAAGAACGCAAACCUCAGUGCCAUCAGCUUAGACCCCAAAGUGGACCCCAAGGGGUUCUCCAUCUUGCUUGACUUCAUGUACACAUCCUGUUUGGACCUUAAGGACAGUCUGGUCCUGGCCACCAUGAACACAGCCAUCUACCUCCAGAUGGAACACGUGGCCGACACCUGCCACAGAUUCAUCAAGUCCAGGCAUCAGAUCGAAGAGGUACAGACCAACUCAUCACAUCUGGCUGAGGCUGAGGGUAUCCCUCCUUUGAGGCCUGGUGAUGAGAAAGAACCAGACUUUAGAAACAACCACAUAUCAACCUCAUCCCCUAUCCAGGAGUGCAGGGGCUACAUCCCCAAUGUCUUCAGGGGGAUCAACACAUCUGGCUCCUAUCAUGUAUAUGGUGAUCUCCAUGUCACUGCUGGGAAGCCGGAAGGCUCCCAUAAGGUCAGCGACCUCCCCAGAGCAGGGGCUUUGUCUCAGAAACGAUGCUCGCAGGUACCCAGCACCAACAUGGCUCACAGUGAGUCCACUGCCAUCAUCUCCCACCCUGUGCCAUCCCACCCCAGUUUCCCCACCACUAUCAUCAGACCCGCAGGAGCCCACGGGAGCCUUCAAAGGCCUGUAACCCCCAUGGAGGAAGACAGCAUUCAGCAUCCACAAACCAGCUGUCUCAGAUUGUCUCCAGGUUUUAGCAAAGGUGUGAUUUGCAGCCCUCAAAGCCCCCUCAGAUCUGACUGCCAGCCCAACUCGCCCACUGAGUCCAACAGCAGCAAAAACGCCACGCUGAGCCUCAGACAGCCCUCUGACUGCCCCAACGACGCCAAGGCCCGCAACUGGAAGAAAUACAAGUUGAUUGUUAUGAACCAAACUCCCGAUGAGAAUGAAAAGGAGUCUCACGGAGGCGGCGCUGAAGCUACAGCCAUGUCACCUGCGCUGAGCCCCUGCAGGAGUGGUGCAGCAGGGGGACACAGCGAGGUCCAGUCAGAAGAGGGAACUGGCGAGCAGAGAGAAGAACUCCUGAUGUCUCAGAGUGCCGACAGCUGUAGCAGCAGCACCUGUAGCAGCAUCAGCUACCGCAGAUGCUCCUCCUGCGGCUGUGACAGCCCUCAGUGCAUGGAAAUGGGUCACCUGUCUCCUGACUCCUACAGCCGAGAAGAUGCCACCAAAUCACACUCAGAUUAUUCCUCCUCCGGCUCUGAAAACAACAUCUACUUCUGUAAUGGCUGUGACUCCAAGUUCACGGAGGAAGAUUCCCUUAAAGAACACAUGGCCCAGGUGCACAGUGACAAGCCAUACAAGUGCGACUGCUGCCAGGCUGCCUUCCGCUACAAGGGCAACCUGGCCAGCCACAAGACCGUUCACACUGGUGCGAAGCCGUACCGCUGCAACAUCUGCGGAGCUCAGUUCAACCGACCAGCCAACCUCAAGACCCACACACGCAUCCACUCUGGAGAAAAGCCAUAUAAGUGUGACACAUGCGGUUCCAGAUUUGUCCAGGUGGCCCAUCUCCGCGCCCACGUCUUAAUCCACACAGGAGAGAAGCCGUACCCUUGUGAGAUCUGUGGAACUCACUUCCGCCACCUCCAGACGCUCAAGAGCCACAUGCGCAUUCAUACCGGAGAGAAGCCUUAUCAUUGUGAAAAAUGCGACCUCCACUUCAGACACAAGAGCCAGCUGAGGCUUCACCUGCGGCAGAAGCACGGCGCAGUCACUAACACCAAGGCUCAGUAUCGCAGGACGCCCAGCAACAUCACCGCAGGCCUGGUGAACACCUGCUGAGCCGGCAGCGUGUCACUUUUGUUUUCCUUUUGCAUCGGCUGCCGUGUCGUCAAAAGACUUUUUUUUUUUUUUUUAACAAACAGAAACAUAAAUAUGUAUAUGUUUGCCCUUUAUGCAUUUGUAAAUGAUGCACAUUUAUGUAAGCUCUUUGGUAUUUCAAAGAUUGUAGAAGUUUAUGCUUUGGUCGUGAAUGUCUAACAAGAGAAUGUACAUUUUGAAUGUGAAUUUGAGCAGGCAUUUCGCUAUUUGGCAAAUCACCUAACAGAGUGUUAUCAUUGAAGGACAGUCCUCUUCCUCGCUCAGAGUGAGAAUCACUGUUACAGUUUUGCUUUAGAUGUUGGCAUGAAUUUGCUCAGCGAUGUGGUCACAGUUUAAGCAGUUGUUUUUCAUUCGCUUAUGUUUUGUAAAUAAGAUAAUAUAUAUUUUCAGAUUGCCGUCUGCUGGCAGAGUACGAAUAUAUUUGUUUGUCAAUAACACAAGGGCUUGUUAUUUUGCCAUUACAUAGUUUGUGGUACGUAUUGUAAUAUGUACAGAUUGUCAUUCAUAUAAAAAAAUUGCUAUGUACAUA